AUGACUGCUGCUGAUUCCAAAGAAAACCCAUUGAAAGUUGUCGAUGUUGCUAGUGUGGAUAAAGAAACUGCUGACAAAGUGCUAGAAGGUUUUAGUACUCAAGGUUUCCUAUUCGUUGAUGGCCAUGAUUUCACUCAACAAGAAGUUGACCAUUUCUUUGAAUUAAGUGAAACUUUUUUCAAGAAACCAUUGGAAGAGAAAAAAAAGUUGGCUAUUGAUAAAAAUGAUUGUGGUUAUACAACUUUUCAUCAAGAAAAUUUAGAUCCAGCUUUACAAUCAAAAGGUGAUCCAAAAGAAGCUUUUAAUUUUGGUCUAUUCAACUUUGUUACCGGAGAUUGUAACAAGGAUCAAUUACCAGACCUGUUCAAAGAUGAAGAGAACUAUGAAUUCAUCAGAAAGAUGACUAAAAAACUAUAUGCACUUUCUGUAAAGAUCUUGGAAUUAUUAGCAAUUGGUUUGAAAAUAGAUGAAGAUAAAGGUGGUAAAAAUUGGUUUAGCGAUAGACAUCGUCCAAACGGUGAAUCUAUAACUUCAAUGAGAAUGUUACAUUAUCCACCAACUAGUGAACUUGAUGCUGAACAACAAAUUAGAGCAGGUGCUCAUACUGAUUAUGGAUCAAUCACUUUAUUAUUCCAACAAAAAGGCCAAGAAGGUUUAGAAUUAUUAUCCAUGGAUGAUCAAUGGCGUGCUGUUCCUUUUAUUCAAUCCAAUAAUGAAUCUUAUGCCAAAGAAGGGAAAGCUGCUCCUAUCAUUGUCAAUAUUGCUGAUCAAUUAUCUUAUUGGACUAAUGGUAUCUUAAAAUCAACUCUUCACAGAGUUAGACUACCAACUAAUGGAUCUGAUAGAUACUCUAUUGUUUUCUUCUUUGAUGCUGAAAAUGACGUUAGAUUAUUACCAAUUCCAAGUCCUUUAGUUGAAGCAGCAAGAACUGAAGAUAUAUCAACAAAGAAAGAAACUGACUUCAUGACUUCUAAGGAAUACUCAAACAUGAGAUUUGCUGCAACAUAUGUGAACGGUCAUUAG